AUGCUUAUAAUUAGUACCUUAAUUCAUGCUCCAGCAAUUUUGAUACGUAUUGGUUUCAAUGCUGCUUCAUUAGCUGCUGUAAUUUCAACGAUUGCUGCAGUCAUUGCAGUAGGUGUUACUGUUACAAAAGUUGUGAAUACUGGCCAGAGAUGUUGUGAUCCCUUUCAUGAACAAACAGUAGUCCUUCAAACACAAUCAUCUUUUGUUUUUGAUCGACCAAUUCAAUCAUAUGAAUAUGAUUAUUAUUAUAAUGCGACGACAACAUUGUACAUACUUGCAGAAGAAAUAAACGAGCACGUACAAAAAAAAGCUUGGCAAUAUUUUUAUUAA